AUGGAGAUCUUACCAAAACUACUCUGUGACAAGAAGACUAGGAUACCGUUCCUCGCAUACGCUGACAAGAUUUUACGGGCAGCCGCAAAAAGAUAUAACAACGCGGACCGGCAUAGAGCAGCUGAAGAACAGAUCAUCAUCUCCUGUAUAGACCCAACCCCUAGCUCCCGGCAUAUAGAACCGCCCACCCAAGUUGUUACCAGGCAAGUUGCUUCUACUGACACGCAAGUACUUGGGCAAGUAGCAAGUUCAGUACAAACGAGCAAGCCAUCUACGAACGAUCCGCAAGGCAGCGCUAUGGAAGCUUUAACGAAGACUGUAGCUGAGCUAUCACGAAUGCUGGAGGCUAUGAGCGUGUAA